UGAACACAGCCGCUUUGAUGAAGAACUUUAACCUGGCAGGUAAAACCACGCUAACCCACCAAGGCUGGAGACUGAACAAUACUGAAAACAUGUGGGAGAAGGAGGCAUCACAUGACAGAGAAGCACAGUGAUUAAAAGAACUAAGAGUGGACCACAGCUCCCUCCCUGGACAAGGUCCAGUAACCAUCAGGCUGACAGAUGUCCAGCAAAGAUUCUCAGGUUAAUUGAACUGGCCAGCACCUGGCCCGGAGCUACUGGUUAAAGACACUAACUCCACUCCAGGAUCACCUAGCUGACCCAGCUGCUGAGGGAUGGACCCACCCUGAAUGGCUGACCAGGGGACGGACAGUCCUAAAACUGAAAGAUCCCCAGAAGGGAGCAGUCCCAUUUCCAUUUCUAAUGUUAAUCUCCGAAUAGAACCAUCAAUGAAUGGAAUCCAUCCCUUAUGACUCCAUAAAAUAAAAACAUCUGUGGCUCCAGCACCUUAAAAUCACAUUUAAAUUUAUAUAAAAUUGGGUAACCUGAAUAAUUCUUUGAUAACAGAUUCAACUGAAGAGAUUUUAAUGUUAAUUUUCAUUUUGAAAAAAAAAAAAAAAAGCAGAGAAAUAAAUGGUAAAACCCGGUGGGUAUUAGUGACGUCAUCAGACAGGGACGGCGGUGAAGAACAGGAAGAAGCGCGAGCUGGAAGCGGAUUUGUGGAUUAAAGCGUCAGAGGCAGCAACUAGUGCGGGUUUAGUACCUGAUCUGGAUUACUCGGACUCUGUCGAACUCUCCCGGACCUGGUUCUGGAAGCAGCGUCGUAGAACUUCGCUGAAAACCGCAAGAAAAGGCUGAAAAAGGCGGCUGCGAAGAGACGCGGUGACCUGGUUUCCUUGGCAACGCUCUUCCUGUCAGACGUCGCCAUAUGUCCCGUCCUGCCGUCAUGUCUUCUGUGGAAUCCAGCGGUGAUGGGGGGAAGUGGCUGGACGCCCACCAUGACCCGGUGGCUGGUCUCUACACCUUCUCGUCCUGUGUGGACCUGGCAGACCUGAGUGGAGAUGGGGAGAGCCGGCUGGUGGUCGGGGACCUGGGCACCGGCUCGUCCGGCAUGAAGCUGAAGGUGUACCGAGGUACGGCCCUGAUGAGCGAGAGUACUCUGCUGGACCUGCCCGCUGGCCUCGUGGCGUUCUUCAUGGACCUGCAUGAGCCUCGCAUCCCCGCCGUGGCCGUGGCCUCUGGACCCUGCAUCUAUGUCUACAAAAACCUGCGGCCCUUCUUCAAGUUCACGCUGCCCAGUCUGGAGGUCAACACGCUGGAGCAGGACGUGUGGCAGCAGGUGAGGGAGGGUCAGAUCGACCCCCUGACCCUCAAAGAGAUGUUGGAGAGCAUCAGGACGAAGGCCGACGUCCCGUUGUCCGUCCGCUCCCUCAGGUUCCUGUCUCUGGACGGAGACGACAUGGAUGACUUCGUGCAGCUGCACAAACAGCAGCCAAUCAGGCGGCAGACGGUCAUCACCUGCAUCGGGACUCUGAAGAAGAGCACGGCGGACGAGGACGGGGUCAGCUGUCUGGUUAUCGGCACAGAAAGCUGCGAAGUCUUCGUCCUGGACCCUGAAGCUUUCAUCAUCCUCUCCAAGAUGUCACUUCCUGCUGCUCCCACCACGAUGGACGUGACAGGUCAGUUUGACGUGGAGUUUCGCAUCACGGUGGCGUGUCGCAAUGGAAACAUCUACAUCCUGCGCAGGGAGUCGGACAAACCGAAGUACUGCAUCGAGCUGUCGUCUCACCCAGUUGGCCUGGUGAGGAUCGGGAAGAACGUGGUGGUCGGCUGCACCGAUGAGAGCCUGCAGGGCUUCACGCAGAAGGGGAAGAAGCUGUGGAGGACCGUCCUCCCUGCACCCAUCACCACCAUGGCCGCCAUGGACCUUCCUACCAGGGGCUUCCAGGCAGUUCUGGUGGGCUUGGCUAACUGUGAGGUGCAUCUGUACCGGGACAAGAACCUGCUGAGCAUCAUCAAGACGCCCGACACGGUGACCAGCAUCUGCUUCGGGCGAUACGGCCGUGAAGACGGCACCCUCAUUCUGACCACAAAGGGGGGCGGCCUGAUGGUGAAGAUCCUGAAGAGGACGGCGGUGUUUGACGAGCGGGACAACGCCCCCGGGCCUCCGCUGGCCCAGAGUGUCCGCCUCAACGUCCCCAAGAAGACCAAGCUGUAUGUGGACCAGACGCUGCGGGAGCGCGAAAGCGGCCUGGCCAUGCACCGCGCCUUCCAGAUGGACCUGAGCCGCACCCGACUGGCCGCCGCCAAGGCGUACGUGAAGGCGCUGGAGUCCAGCCUCACGCCCAUGUCCUCCAGCCUCUCCGAGCCGCUCAAGAUGAACGCCGUGGUGCAGGGCCUGGGUCCGUCCUUCAAGCUGACCCUGAACGUCCAGAACACAGCGGCGUGUCGGCCCGUAAUGAACCUGGCCGUCAGCUUCCUGUAUGACGAGAACCUGUACAGGAUGAGGAACCCGUACAUGAGGAUCCCGCUGCUGGUUCCUGGACUUAUCUACCCCAUCGAGACCUUCGUGGAGUGCACCAGCGACAGGGGCGUCGCCGACAUCAUCAAAGUGUUCGUGCUGCACGAGGGGAAGAGCUCGCCGCUGCUGACGGCGCACAUCAACAUGCCCGUCAGCGAAGGACUGAUGCUCAGCUGAUCCAUGUAGGCGUAGAACGAGCGUUCCUGGUAGGGCUCUUCCCCACGUCUCCAGUCUGACAAGCCAGAUGUCAGAGAACCGAUCCCUGAACAGUCCAGAGGAUCGGCUGUGAUCCGGAUCAGCUCCAGACUCGAUCUGUAAUGAUUAGAUAUCGUUAAGUUUCAGGCAUCAGUUAGAACGAAGUAGCGUCAUCAGUUCUGCAGACAUGUGGAGGUCCAUCACGCUGUGAUGCAUGCUGGGACGGGAGCGCCGUCGUGGCAGGACUUUCCUCGUGCUUCAUUAGAUCUGGGCUGGUUGGGCUAAACACAGAGAAAUGUGUCAGAGAGGAGGAGGAGAAAGAGGAUGGACCUCAUUAAAUCUGGUCCUCCAGCAAGUCCAGACCUGGUCCGUCUGUGGAAGUGAAUAAAUCUUUGUCUCUG